ACGAACACCACCUGCGGGCCGCGGGGAGAGCCCUGUGAGGAGAGGAGCCGAGCGCCGCCCGGAACCCAUCGCGCCCUGCCCGCCGCGCAGCCCGGCGCCUCCCGCCUCAGCACCGCGGCGCGGCCGCCAUGUUGCGGGCUGGGCGCGGGGCCGUGGCGGCGCUGAGGCGGGCGGCGGGGAGCCGCGGGGCGGGCGGGCAGGGCGGAGGGCAGGGGCCGGGGCUGGAGCCCUCCCUGCUGCGCUUCUUGGUGUGCCCGCUGUCCAAGCGGCCGCUGAGGUACGACGAGUCAGCUAACGAGCUCGUCAACGAGGAGCUGGGCAUCGCCUACCCCGUCAUCGAUGGCAUCCCCAACAUGAUCCCGGAGACGGCCAGGAGAACGCAGAAGCAGGCUGAGGCCGUGAAGGAGGCCUCAGGGCCCACCGGGCCCCAGCAGUGAAGCGAUGGCAGGAGGCGGCGUGCUGCCCUCCCUGCCCACGCUGACCGUCCUCGUCCCGCUCCUGUCCCUAGCAGGUCCUGUUCUACGCCGCCGCGGUGGACGAGACCUUCCCGCAGGGCUGCACCAGCACCAACAGCUUGUGUUUCUACAGCCUCCUCCUUCCCAUUA